AUGGAAACUGAAAAUGUUUCUUUAGCAAAUGAGGAGAAUCAAAAUGAAAAUUAUGAACAAGAAGAAAACAUAUUAGCACAAGAAGCUGAAAUUGUUUUAAUUACUACCUCUCUCGGGGGUAUUAAAUCUUCGUUUUUUUCAUCCUUAAGAGCUCACCAAUUAUUGAACUGUAAGAAGUAUAUUUAUUUUUCAAUAGAUGCCAAUAGAGAUACAAGUUCAGCAAAAAAUCUGAAGGAUAUAGAGUUAUUUAAUAAGUGGAAAAAAGGAAAGAUACUCCUUUCCAAUGAAAAUGGAAUUGUUCUUCCACAAAUAUUAAUUGAUGGAGUACCAUUAGGAAAUGAUGUAACAAUGCAAAAUCUAGAAGAUGAAGGUAUUUUAGAUUAUAUAAUAGCUAGAUUGAAAUGUCCACAUUGUUUGAUUGAUAAAUCAAAUAUUGAAGAACGUUGUCCUGGUUGUAAAAAAUAUUAUGUCACAUUGAUUACAGAUGAUCUAAUUCAAAAUGAGUCUGUUAUUAGAAUACUACAAGGAGAACCUUAUAAAGAAACAGAAAACUAA